CAUACAUACGUUUAAUAAGAAGUGAUAAAAACAACAAUUUAAGAUUGAUGUAUGCACAGUUGUAAUAGAGACGUAUGUAAAAUGAGUCGACUCAAAACAAUAUUUAACUUGUCAAUUAGAGAGUAUCGAACAAGAAAGAAAAUACCGAAAAAUCCAGGUAUUCAGAAAAGAUUUGAAUUAUUUAAGAAUGAGGAAGCUGGUAAAGUUGCCGGUGAAGAAUUAGAUGAACUUAUGGAUCCCAGUUAUUUUGAAUCGGACUUUGCUCGACUCGGAGAUAUGCAUAAGAUGCAUGAAAGAGAAGAGAAGAUGGCCAAGGAUAAGGUUAAGUUACGAAUUGUUGCCAGAAAAUAUUUUAAAGAUGUGCCACCUAGUUUUUUGACCUUUGCUGAGAAACAACAAAUACGAAAUUUAUACGAAAGCGAUCCAUCAGCAUGGACACCUGAAAUAUUGAGCGAUCAUUACCCUGCAACUCCUUCUAUAAUUAGAAAUGUGUUAAAAGCGAAGUGGGAUGUUCGAUCUGUGGACAAGGUUAUAACGUAUGAUAAAGAAGUCAUGAAAAACUGGGAGAAAUUUAGAGCAGGAUCAUUGGCUUUGGAUCCAAAGCUUGUAGAACACCUCAACAAAUUCAAGAACAGGAAAAUCAUAUUAACCGAUAGGGAGGAGAUUGCAAAAAUGCUUGUAAAACCUCCAUUUCAAUUUCCUGUUCCUAAAAGUAAGCUAUUCUCAAGCUUAACAGAACAUUGUCAAACAAAAGAAGAGGAUUCAAAGAACAUCUCUAGCUCUGAAAAUAAAAAUCCAAUGUUAAUAUCAUCCAGCAAAGAGGAAGUUUCAAAAGAAAAGGAUCUCCAACAUUUUCGAGAAAACAUGCCGUCUAGUAAUCUAAUUGAUAAUUAUGAAGCAGCUGAAAUAAAUAAUUUAAAAUCAUUGAAACGGUUGCAGGACGAUAAUUCCUCUAAGCUGAAUGACGGAAAAUCUUUAUCAGUUACUCCCAAAAUUUACUUUAACGAUGAACAGUCUAUCACUAAAACCUCUAAGAAGACAAAAUCCAAACAACCGCGUUGGAAUAACGACCUUUGUACUAUUGAUGAAUUCUUCAAAAAUAGCGUUGAAAAGAUGGAGAAAAAUCCAAGUGUUGAAGAUCAAGUUUUAAUAGAAACCUAUAAAAAGGAUGUGGAAUCAUAUAAUAUUGCUGCAAACAAUAACAAAGGAAGCUCUGAUGUAGAAGUUGAGAAUAAAGUGGGAACUGCUGUAGAUGUAAAAAGGCCAGAUCAAGCAGAUGUGCAGACUUCAAAUAUCGAUGAGAUUGACAAAGGUUUAGAUACUUACAUAAAAGAUAGGCGCUUAUUAGUUGACAAAAAAGAUGACAAUUAUCCUACUGUCAUUAAAAUUCCUAGAAGUAAAUAUAAAGAAGGGAUGACUUACAGAGUCAAAGAUUGUUACUACGAUGAUGAUGGAGAAUUUCUGUACAGAGUACCAGGCUUAAAAGUUUGAAAUACAUAAUAUAAAAGUGUUCUAGAAUAAACCUGUGUGCUUAAUUAUAAUUUGUAAUUUUAAUAAAGCACUCAUACGU